GUGCAGCGGCUUGGUGGUAGGAGCGCCCACUCCAGAAAGCCACCCGAGAGAGAGACUGCGGAUGAAGGGUGGUCGCGGCUGGCGGGCAUGGGGACAGCCCCUCCAGGCAGACGGGCUUGGCUCCGGCCCUGCCCACGGCGCCUGCAGCUUCCUGCGGCGACACUGAAGGGCGUCCCCGGCCCCGCCGCCACCCGCGACCACACGGGGAUGGAUGAGCGCUGCGCCUCGCCACCCCUCGCCCCUGCGCUGAGCGACUGACGGAGGCGAGCUGGGCGCCUGCGAGCCUGGGUUUGACUUGCAGUGGUUCUGUUCUGAGUUCCAGGAUGAUUUGUUCUUGGGAUCAAACAUGACCAAAAGUUGACCUCAUGAGUACUUCAACCUCUCCAGCUGCCAUGCUUCUCCGGAGGCUGAGGCGACUCUCCUGGGGCAGCACUGCUGUCCAGCUCUUCAUUUUAACAGUGGUAACCUUUGGCUUGCUGGCACCCCUUGCCUGUCACCGUCUUCUACACUCUUACUUCUAUCUGCGCCACUGGCACUUGAACCAAAUGAGUCAAGAGUUCCUGCAGCAAAGCUUGAAAGAGGGUGAGGCUGCCCUCCAUUACUUUGAGGAGUUGCCUUCUGCCAAUGGCUCAGUGCCCAUUGUGUGGCAGGCUACACCCCGCCCCUGGCUGGUGAUCACCAUCAUCACUGUGGACAGGCAGCCUGGCUUCCACUAUGUCUUGCAGGUGGUGUCCCAGUUCCACCGGCUGCUUCAGCAAUGUGGACCCCAGUGUGAGGGGCACCAACUCUUCCUGUGCAAUGUGGAGCGUAGCGUGAGCCAUUUUGAUGCCAAGCUCCUCUCCAAGUAUGUCCCUGUGGCUAACCGCUAUGAGGGCACUGAGGAUGACUAUGGUGAUGACCCUUCAACCAACUCAUUUGAGAAAGAGAAACAAGACUAUGUCUAUUGCCUGGAGUCCUCCCUGCAGACCUAUAACCCAGACUAUGUCCUGAUGGUGGAAGAUGAUGCUGUUCCAGAAGAACAGAUCUUUCCAGUCUUAGAGCACCUCCUACGGGCUCGUUUGUCUGAGCCACACCUCAGAGAUGCCCUUUAUCUAAAGCUCUAUCACCCUGAGAGGCUCCAGCAUUACAUCAACCCAGAGCCCAUGAGGAUCCUGGAGUGGCUUGGUGUGGGUAUGGUGCUAGGGCCCUUACUAACCUGGAUAUACAUGAGGUUUGCAAGCCGCCCAGGGUUUAGCUGGCCUGUCAUGCUCUUCUUCUCUCUCUAUAGCAUGGGUCUGGUUGAACUGGUGGGGCGGCACUAUUUUCUGGAACUGCGGCGUCUGAGUCCUUCGCUAUACAGUGUGGUUCCUGCUUCUCAGUGUUGUACCCCAGCCAUGCUCUUCCCUGCCCCUGCGGCCCGCCGAACCCUCACCUACUUGUCCCAAGUGUAUUGCCACAAGGGUUUUGGCAAGGACAUGGCAUUGUACUCACUAUUGAGGGCGAAGGGAGAGCGGGCCUAUGUCGUGGAGCCUAACCUUGUGAAACACAUUGGGCUCUUCUCCAGCCUUCGGUACAACUUCCAUCCCAGUCUGCUCUAGAGUGUCAAGAAAUGCCUUUCUGAAAUCAGCCACUUCUUUGAGAUUCAAAUAUUGAGCUCUUUAUUUAGAUAUGGUUGCUUGCAGAUUAUUCAUUAUUUAAUGUUGCUAAGGAAUAGGCAUUGGAAUGGUGGAGGAACACAUGAAAAUCAAGAGCAACAGUUGCCACAGGUACAGACUUCUGUCCCUCCACACAGCCACAUUGCCUCAUGCAGUCUGACCCGCCCAAUGACGGUGCAUCAAAUUACCAGUUGUAUUCUCUGAUUGUGUUAAAGCUUUGCUUUGUGUUAGACCUUUGACUGCCAAAAAUCUGUGUAUAGUGAUAUGACUGUUAAAGGAUUGUAAAGGUAGAAUUUGGUGAAAGGUGAGAUUCUUUUGAAUUGAUACCUUUCUCAUUGGGAAUGAGAAUGGAUAUAUGUUUUAUUUAGAAUAUAUGCCCAAAGAGGCAGGACCACGUUGAAAGAUUCCAUGUGUUUCCUUGACCCGAUGUAAUAAAAACUGAUAAAAGCCAUGCAGUGCACGGCAUCUUGAAGGCAGGUGCUCUCUACCUGGCAUUUUCUUUUUCCAUUUACCUGUAGUGCACGAAUAAUUGAUGUUGUCUGGGGGAAGAUACAGAGAAGACCUGGAAGAGCCUCUGAGUCAGCAAAGUCAGAUUGCUUGUGUUCAGUAGUGAUUUAGUACUGAAUGCCAGAAUCAUAUUCUGAUUCUUUGAAAAUUGGAAUAUUUCAGAAGGAUACAGGUGGGUGGGCUUUUUACAAGUAAAAAUCCUCAUCCCUAACUUUGCUAGCUAACUGUUUACUCUCAUGUCUUUUUCUUCUCAGUUGCCUAAUACUAUAUAUAGAAGAAAAAGUAUGGGCUGUGGAGUUAGAAAACCCAAACUUUUAUUUCAGAUCUCUGCCACAUGCUAAUGAUGUGACCUUGGGCAAGUCAUGGAAGCAUUCUGAGUCUCAUCUUCUCCACCUGUACAAUGAAGAAAAUAACACCAUUUAAAAUUGCCUUGAGGAUUAAAUGACAGAAUGUACAUAAAACAUCUAGCAAGUGCUUAGCCCAUAGAUGACACUUGGCAAAUGUUCUUUUCUCUCCUGUAAUAAGCAUUUAAAUCUCAAGUAUCUUUUGGAUAAAGAUACUAGUGAUGUUGUUUAAAACUUGGUACAGGGCAUGGGGCUGUCACCUGUGCAGCAACUGUUCAAACUAAACACUGAUAGCAUAGAUGUUGCUUUUUUUAUUAUGUCUUCUCAAGGGUGUACAGCUCAGGUUUCAUUUAGCCCCACUCCCAACCAAGCCAAGAAUUAGAAUUGUUCAUUCAAACUGGAAAGGAUCUGAGUGUAUUCUAAGACUAGCAUCUGAAAAUUACUUUUCUCAAAAGUUACAAAUAAAUGUCCUUUGACAGUACUUAUCAAACUAGUAGUCAGUGAGUCCUUUUAAGAGGAUGGAUAGUUAUGUUAGAGAGUUAAAGCAGCUGCCCAGUUUGUUU